GCGGAAGCCGCGGCGGCUACGGGAGCGGACUCCGCGGAGGCCUCGCACCGCGCCCGCAGGGCACUUUCUCUGCUGCCAAGAGUUUCCUCAUGAGCCAUUUAAACCUCAAGGCAUCGAGCUGUGCAUGGCCACAUUCACCGCACAAAGCUGGCCAGGAAGGGGUGAGGAGCCCCGGAUUCCAACCCAAGCUUCAAACUUGGGACUCCACAACCCUUUUGGCAGUUCCCCUAGUGGACUCAGUCAGUGUGAGAUUUUUAACCCUACAGCUUGCAUCUCCCUUGCUUGUCUUGUUGCUGGGACAUAGUACCUGCUCAGGGUGGGUCACCAAUCAUCAGUCUGCACAGCAGGCUGUUUCCUCCAGGCUCACUGAGGUCAAGGUGAGGAUUGUACAUGAGCCUCAGAUACCAGCCAGAGACUAAGAAUUCCUGGUCAUUGGGGGAACUGGACCUCUGGGCCCCUGGCUGUGCAUUGCAGGUGUCCAGGCUUUGUAGGGACCCACUGCUCCCAGGAGGAUGGUGCGAAUCUUGGCCAAUGGGGAGAUUGUUCAGGACGAUGACCCCCGUGUGAGGACUACUACAUCGCAGAGAGGGAGCACUCCUCGGCAGGGCUUUCUCAACAGGGGUCAUGGUGCCCCUCCAGGGGGGCCUGGGCCCCGCCAGCAGCAGCAGCAAGCAGGUGCCAGGCUUGGUGCUGCCCAGUCGCCCUUCAAUGACCUCAACAGACAGUUGGUGAACAUGGGCUUCCCCCAGUGGCACUUGGGUAACCAUGCCGUGGAGCCAGUGACCUCCAUCCUGCUGCUCUUCCUGCUCAUGAUGCUUGGAGUUCGCGGCCUCCUGCUGGUGGGCCUUGUCUACCUGGUGUCUCACCUGAGCCAGCGGUGACCACUGGGGCCGACAGGGAGUGUGUGAGAGGGACUUGCUGGAUUUGAUGUGAGAGUCAGCUCUGGGGGAGGGGACUAGAGGGGUGUGGUGUGGGCUUUCUCACAUUAUUAAGCAUGAGGCAGAGGGAGACCUAGCCUAGCAUCCCUCAGAUAUGGAGUGGGUGCCCUAGUUCAGAGAUUCUAUGAGGGGAUAUAGGACCUCCAUUUAAGAGGUGCAGGACCACAGUUUGAAAGGAGUUGUUCCAAUGUACUCUUUUUAUGCCAAGAAGAAAGUCUCAACUUGGUGCUGGUGUGACGUACUGCUUUUCCUUAGGAGCAGGGUGGGCUGAGGGCAAGUGAGAGACCUUUCCAGACUUUUAUAGCAGUGUAUUUGUAUUGGCUACCUUUUACUUAUGACAAGGGGACCUGGCAUUCUAUUUAUUGUGACAUUUUCAAUAAAUAAGUAAAACAACGAGCCAUGUAAAGAAGUUGGUAGAUGACCCAACGGCUCCACAUGGUAAAAGUGGUUUGGGAUUGGUAGGGUUUGGAGAGCAGUGCAGCAUCUGGCUUUGAUCUUGAUUCUGAGAUUUUUUUUCAGUAGGAUCCGGGCUGUAGAAACCAUCCCUAAAUGGGGGUAUGUGGGGGUGAGGGAGCCCUGCUUUUUCUGAGAGGAUCUCUGGGGCUGCUGGAAGCCCUGACAAUGAAGAUGAUGCUGGGUGGCUCUGGCCCACAGAAAAUCAGAAAGAGGCUGGUGAGCCUGAGGACUGCCCCUGCUCUGUACCUGUAUGUUACCCACUGAAGACCCUCCAAGGAACGGACACAUGGAAUGGCCAGGCCUGGGGAGGAUAUGGAGGACCGAGGUGAUGCUGACCCUCCUGGGCCUGCGGCCCUGCUCCAGCAACUUCUUCCACAGGCCCUGUAUCCACACUGCCCUUGUGGGGUUGGUGACCUUUAUCAUAGA